AUGGAGUCAAUUAGGGAAAAGUACCGAGAUCACGAACAAACGGUUGAGUAUCUCGAUUCAUUCUAUAUGAGAUACUGUCCGUCAGAUAAAGUGCUAGAUGUUAAGGAUUAUAUCCAGGAUUUGACUGAUCAAAAGAAUUUGUGGGAUCACAUUUCACUUAAUGAAACACAGUCCCCGAAUUAUUUUGCCUACCAUAGAACAUCAAUGGAAAUAUCAGUGCGCGUGUACAAGUACAACAAGUCUCAGACUUUCUACAAUGUUUUUGAAAAUAGAAUCCAAGCGUCAAUUGAUGGGAUCGAUGUGGAGAAUGUCGCGCAA